AUGGGAGCAUCCGCGACUUGGUCUGAGAAAUUCCCGAGGGACGCGCGGCAGCGAAAAGACAGGGGGAAAGCUGCCGUGGAGGCUGCAGCAGGGGGGGACGGCGGCGGGGGAAAGGGGACGGGGGGAGCACGCGCGGGGAAAGGCGGAGUCAGGGAGUUGGGCGCGACGGGGGGCCUGGACGGAACGGGCGCAAGUGGAAGCGGAAGCGGAAGCGGAGCGGGCAAUGAAUUGAGGGACGGUGCGGAGGGCGGGAGGGAUGAUGCAUUCGCGCAUGACUAUACAGAGGAUGAGGACGAAGAGGAAGAUGAAGAGGAAGAGGAGGACGAGCAAUCUUCUAUUGUCGCCCAGGCCAAGGCGCAACGUGCCGAAGCUGAGCGCCUAGCCGCCGAGGCUGCAGCGGAGGCUCGGGCGCGCGAGCGGGAAGGUUCGGCGGUGCGGGUGGCUCGGGCUGCUGUGGUGGAGAGGAGUCAACUAGUGGGGGUGCUGGAAGGGGAGAGGAGGGAGGCUGAAGCACGGAUGAGGGAGGCAGCAGAGCAGCACAGGACGAAGGCAGAGGAGCUGAGAGCGCGUGUGAGGAGAGGGUUUGAGGCGGUGACAGCAGAGAGCCUAUCACACGCUGCCACGCGUAAGGAGCGGGCGGCACGGGAGGCGCAAUACGAGACGGAGGCGGCAAGUGGCAUGGCGGCACUGGCUGCCGCCCAGAGAGCUCUGGAAGAGAAGGUUGAGCUGCUGGCUUCUGAUUGGUCCACAGUGCAUCGGCUGACUGAGGAGAUAGAGCAACUGGAGCAACGGGUUCAGCGGGUAGAGGCCGAGGGAGAGGGAGCGGGAGCAGCAGAGGAAGGGGCAGAGGUGGGGAGGGGGGAGAAGGGUAGAGAGGAGGAGGGAGCAGCUGCUAAUGUAGGGGGCGAAGCAGCUGCAGGAGAAGGAGCAGCAGGCAGGCACGGGGCAGCAGAGGGAGCAGAGGGGGCAGGAUUGGGAGGAGAUGCUGGAGGAGGGAGUGAUGGUGGUGGGACAACGUCUGUCGGCUUGUUGGAGGGGACUUUGCGACAGAGAAGGAAGGAGGUUGCUCUGCUGCGUCAGCAACUGGAGGAUGCUGAGUCAGCAGCCGCCCAGCAACAGACAGAAUCUGAGGUGGAAUCAAAUCUCCUGUCAAGGCUACAGCAGUUAACAGAGCGGCUUAUACUGAAGCAGCAGCAAGUAGAGUCCCUACAGAUCGAAAAGUCUACCCUCUCCCUCCGCAUCGAGACAGAAUCCGCCGCCCUGCAAAAGGACAAACACCGCCUGUCCACCUUCCUCAGAAGCGGACGAAACCCCGCAUCGGCAGCUGUCACUGCACGAUUCCUCGCCAGCACCCCGGGCCCCCUUGCUGCUGACCUGGCAGCUGCUGCGUCAGCAGCGGAAGCAAGAGCUCUAGAGGAGGGAGGGGAGGAGGGAAUAGAAGGAGACCCGGGGUUUUCAAGAGAAGCCAUCUUGAACCGGUCGAGAAAAUUGACUCUGGCUCAGAGGGAUUUUGGGCUCGGGCCGACGGGGAAUGCGAUUGUGGUUGGAGUGGUGGACAUGGUUUUGGGAUUCGAUUCGCUUUUCCUGGGGAGUGCGGGCGGCGUGUUGCGGACUAAUGUGGUCGCAAGGACGAGUUUGUGGGUGUAUUUGGUGGUGUUGCAUUUGUGGGUGGCGUUUGUGUGGCUCAUGCAUUUCCCAAUCCUCCACGUGUUCGAAGACGAGCCGUACGCGCGAACGGGUGUGACAUUAGCGGGGCCUGCGCGGGAUCUGGAGCGGACGGUGAUCCUUCUUUCGGGCCGAGCGGUCGAGACCGUUGAUCUGAGUCGCCACGUCGGCAACCACCCGUACAUCGGCGCGGUGGACCACGUGGCACUCCGGCCGCUGCUGCGUGCUGAGCUGGCAGACGCUGCCACGUCAGCGAGAAACGUCGGGCGAGCUCUGGGGCAGCAUCACGGAGUCCCAGUGCACCUGUACGGCGCUGCGAGCCCCACCAACCGCCCCCUGGACGCCAUUCGCCGCGACCUGGGUUACUUCAAGCCCAGCCCUCCUCCGAAUCCCUCUGGGUCACCCUCUCCGGCCCCUUCCGUACCUCCGCCCGAGCUUCUUUUUACACCUCCUCCCGAGCCUCCGUCCACACUUCCUCCCGAGCUUCUUUCCAUAUCUCCCGACUUCGGUCCCCUCCACCCAAACCCUCUCAAGGGCAGAGUUGCAGUUGGCGCUGCUCCGUGGGUCUAUAACUACAACAUACCCAUCCAAACCCCCUCCCGGGUCACCCAAACCACCCUGGCAGCGGCUAGAAGGGUGGCUAGGAGAGUGAGUGAGAGGGGAGGGGGGUUGGUGGGGGUACAGAGUAUGGCUUUAAUGCAUGGUGAGAAGUGUGUGGAGAUAGCGUGUAAUAUAUCGGAGCCUGAUGCACCAGCUACUGGUUUAUCGGAGUGUGAUUCGCCAGCAGCACCGGUGAAAGGGGAUUUGAAGCCUGACGCAGCGGCAGCAGCUCUGCAAGUGCAGAGAGCAGUGGAGGAAGGGGCAGAGGAGGGGUUGCAAGGGGCGAGGGUGCUAGAGGGGUAUUCGCCAGGGCUGACGAGACAAGAGGCUUUGAGAAUGUAUUUUGAGAUGGAGGAGAGAAAGGUUUGGAUAUGA